AUGAAGAUACAGAACCACACAGAGGUGAGUGAAUUUUAUUUUCAAGGAUUCUCCAGUUUCCAGGAGCAUCAGAUCACACUCUUUUUAAUAUUCCUGGCUCUGUACAUCUUAACCUUGGCUGGUAAUGUCAUCAUUGUGAUAAUCAUCCGAAUUGACCGUCACCUUCACACCCCUAUGUACUUCUUCCUGAGCAUGCUGUCUACUUCUGAGACCUUAUACUCAUUGGUCAUUAUCCCACGGAUGCUCUCUAGCCUUGUGUGUAAGGGUAAGUCCAUAUCCCUGGCAGGCUGUGCUACCCAAAUGUUCUUUUUUGUCACCUUUGGCAUCAAUAACUGCUUCCUACUCACUGCAAUGGGGUAUGAUCGCUAUGUGGCUAUCUGCAACCCACUGAGGUAUACAGUUAUCAUGAAUAAGAAAGUGUGUGCCCUGCUAGUAUGGGGAGCAUUUAGCAUUGGUCUUGUUGUAGCAAUGACACAAGUGACAUCAGUGUUCAGGUUGCCCUUCUGUGACAUAGAAGUGGCCCACUUCUUCUGUGAUAUCCGUCCUGUGAUGAAACUCUCCUGCAUUGACACCACCAUCAAUGAGAUCUUAACUUUGAUCAUCAGUGUCUUAGUGCUUCUGGUGCCUAUGGGCUUGGUCUUCAUCUCCUAUGUCCUCAUCAUCUCCACCAUUCUUAAAAUUGCCUCUGCUGAAGGUCGGCAGAAGGCCUUUGCUACAUGUGCCUCUCAUCUCACUGUAGUUAUUGUCCAUUAUGGUUGUGCUGCCAUUGCCUACUUGAAGCCCAAAUCAGAGAACACUAGAGACCAAGACCAACUGAUUUCGGUGACCUAUACAGUCAUCACCCCACUGCUGAACCCUGUUGUGUACAGUCUGAGGAACAAAGAAGUCAAGGAUGCUUUGCUCCGAGCUAUUGGCAAAAAACAUCUGUAA